AUGAUGAGGAAGCUAGUGGUUUUGGUAGCUUUAGCCAUAUUAUUAAUUACGGAAGAAGUUCCCUCUUCUCAGGCGAAUGCUGCAAAGGUUGAUAUCAAGAAUGCGUUGAGCGCGGGGAAAAGGUUGAUAGCCCAUUGUCGAUCCAAAGACGACGAUAUUGGCGCACAGGUCAUUGAGGAGGGCUCUUCUCUUCAUUGGAGUUUCGAGGCAGUCAGUGAGACGCUGUUCUGGUGCAAUCUGGCGGUAGAAGAUAGACGUCUUUCUUUCACUGUCUACGAUCGAUCAUCAGGUGACGAUAUUGGAGGCAAUUUUGUUGAUUGGGUUGUGAUGGAUGAUGGAGCUCAUCUGGCGCUUUGGAUCAAUUCUCCUGAACCGAUUCCCCGACACAAGUGGAGAAGCAUACUUUUUGCCCCACGACAUUACUAG